AUUUCCGCAAACCGCUGUAAUGUUUGCCAAGUGUGCAUGCCGUAAUUAGUAGCGUGGGCACACUGACGACGUUACGUGGUUAACGAAGGCGACCGAAUAACCUACUUCCCGUGAUGUGACAUGAUCUGCGGAGCCCUGCAACGAGGCUUGAGUCGAGGUACCCGAAGAAGAGAUGCGGCUAUUGGAUGUAGACGCCGUUCUCGGCCGGGAAAAGGACAUCCAACGAGCUGAUCCCAACGUCGAGGUUCUGAAAGAAGCCGAUAGCAAGAGUACAAGUUAUGCGAUACUCUCACAUCGGUGGGGAACCGAGGUCAGUUAUGAAGAGAUGAUAGGGCUAAUGGAGAUGGACGACGGAAAGAGGGAGAAGGUUAGAAACCGUGAUGGCUACAAGAAGAUCAUCAAGAGCUGCGAGAAAGCUAUGAGCGAUGGCCACAAGUUCUUGUGGGUUGAUACAUGUUGUAUCAACAAACAAAGCAGCGCCGAGCUAUCAGAGGCCAUCAAUUCGAUGUAUCAGUGGUAUCGAGACGCACAGGUGUGCUAUGCGUACCUCCAUGACAUUGACGAGCCAGCCUUUCCUGCUGAACCAGACUAUGGCAAGUUCAAUUCUUCCAACGGUUGGCCGGAGUGGUUUUUGCGGGGCUGGACGCUCCAGGAACUCAUCGCUCCGAAAGAAGUCCAAUUCUUCAACAAGGGCUGGAUGUGUAUUGGUGACAAGCGGAACCUGGCACACAAGUUAGAGCGCAUCACACAAAUUCCUGACCGUGUGUUAAGGGGUGGUCUGGUGUCAGCAUCUUCCAGUGUCGCCCAAAUUAUGUCGUGGGCAGCUGACCGGAAGACAACGCGGGUGGAAGAUCGGGCGUAUUCGUUGUUAGGGUUGUUCGGAGUGAGUAUGCCGAUGUUGUAUGGAGAGGGGGAGAGAGCAUUCCGACGACUGCAACUGGAAAUCAUCCGGGAAUCCAACGAUUGCAGCAUAUUUGCAUGGGAUCCCUAUGCAAGGGUGCCGCGGUAUGGCAGCGUCCUUGCAGAUGACCCGAGCUACUUCAGGGCUUGUCGCUGCAUCCAGAAGGACCUUGAUACAUCAUUCGUCGACAAGUUGAUCAUGUAUAUCGACAAACACAAACUCGGCCGCCUCAAGAACGAAGCCGAAUCGCGCAAAGAUGCCAAAAAACUUUCUGUUUUCCUCGCUACCAAUGCAGGUAUCCAGAUUUGCUUGCCCGUCAUACCUUAUUCCGAACCCAAUCCCGGGCCCUAUGAAUUUCGUUAUCUCGACUCUCCCAGGCCUACCACCCUGAAGGCUAUACUGGCAUGUAGCGACCAACAUGGAGACCUAAUCACAAUCGAUUUAACCUCCCGUGGAUCUAGCUUCGACAGAACUCUUAGCGAUAACGAGCUCAAACGGACAUCUCCAGAGUUCAUGGAACUCUAUCUUACACAUCAUCAAGUUGACGAGCCAGCCUGUGGUCUUACGCUCGUCGACGCGAAUGCGUCGCACUAUGGUUUCAUACGCUGUGGCACCUUCCCUCGCGAGAUGACCAGCAAUGCUUUCACCCUUUCGUCUCGCGCGAGCGAUCUCAUCCUCAUAAUCUAUGCCAACUACAGUGCCAAAUCUCGUUUUGCAGUUGGGCUUGGAAAACACUUUGGCCGGGAAUGGAUGCACGUCACUUGUGAUGAAUGCGUUGCAAAUCAACAGGACGACUGCAAACCAUGGUCGAGCUUUGCUGAGAAAGCAUAUGACAUGAUGUGGAGUGCACGGGCGCGACUUGCUCAGAAGUAUCACAACGACAAGCUGCACGCCCACCUUUCCCAAUCUAUUUGGGCUGCAGCGGUUGUUUGGGAAAGUGACCUUGUGACGGUAGACAUCAAAAAAUGUGCUGGUUGUUGUGUUGGGACCACAUGAGUGGACGAUUAAUCGUGCAUUUCAUUCGAAACUGGAUGGAACAAGUCGGCAGGUUCGGGAGGACGAGUCAGCUUCCAUGGAGAGAAGGAAGCAAUUUGAGGAUAUCCGGUGAGCUCACGCUGCAGAGCGCUAUGUGGUGUCUCUGAAGCUACGUUCCGGAGAAUAGGAAGCGCUUUUACACCCAAGUGAACAUGGUACCCAUCUCCUAUCAUCUUUACUCAAGUAGCUAAUCAUCCAGAUGGCGGAUGAAGUAAUCACGUCCCUCUCAAAUAUGUUUGGGCUCAAGGACUUGACAAAU